GUGACCAAAUCGUUUAUGCGUGGGCUCGUCUACUCGUGUUCCACUUGCCCUGCUUGCUCGAACGUUUUCUUGCUUGCAACCAAAUCGAGGAAGAAGAAAACAAAGCUAAAGUAGACCAGCAUCUUCCUCUCAUCUCAGGCCAGAUCGAGGUCGGGACGACGGUGUCACUACCUUUCGUUCUCGAUCUUCCCUUCUCCCGGUGUGGAUCCAGCAGCCGCUCCAGCUAGCGCUGGAUCUUCCCCCUGUCGUAUCCUGUGACUUGGAUCUACUUCUGUCUUCGGUCUGCUCGUCUGAUGUUUUCUGGUGGUUUUGUUUGAUUGCUAUAUCGUGUUCGAGGGCCAAUCGCGUGGCUUAUCUGAGCUAGGGUUUUCAUGUUUCUUGGGCGGAUCUAGUGAUUUGGAUCAAUAACGUUCUUUGAUCUGGUAUCUAGUUUGUUGCAUUGGCGCUAUCGCAUGGUCAUGUAUCCCUCCGACUAGAUUCCGGUCUUUUCAUUUAUUUCUGCUUAUACAUGCUUGGCCAGUGGGCAUUUGCUCCGGAGUUCAAUGAGUUUGAUUUGAAAUGGGUUUUAGGUUUCCAUUCAUGAACAAUCGAUGAGAUACACGGGACGUUCUGUUUAGAUCUUGGGAAAAAUGGUUUUGUUGAGAUUGUGAAGACACCCUUGACCAUCCAUAGUAUGUAUCGGGAUGGAAUUUUCUAAAUUUCAUUGGCUUUGACUUCGUCGUCAUGCAUAGACCUCUUGUUUGCUAAUGUUAAUUGUUAUCUGGAGAUUUCAAGACUAGUGCAGUAAGAAGUGUACACAAACAUAAAGUAUGGCCCCUACUAGUAAGGCUGAUAGGAAGGCUGCAUUGGAUGCAGCUGCAUGGAUGUUUAAUAUAGUUACAUCUGUCGGAAUUAUCAUGGUCAAUAAGGCCUUGAUGGCAAAAUAUGGCUUCACAUUUGCCACAACAUUGACGGGCCUACAUUUUGCCACAACCACACUUCUUACUCUUGUUUUUAGGUGGCUCGGAUACAUUCAGCCUUCUCACUUACCUUUAUCCAACCUCAUGAAAUUUGUCCUUUUUGGGAACCUAUCUAUUGUUGGAAUGAAUAUCAGUCUGAUGUGGAAUUCAGUCGGUUUUUAUCAGAUUGCAAAGCUGUGCAUGAUUCCAGUAUCAUGUCUUCUAGAAGUUGUGUUUGACAAAAUUCAUUACUCAAGGGCCACAAAGCUUAGCAUACUGGUGGUUCUAUUAGGUGUUGGCAUCUGUACAGUCACCGAUGUCAGUGUCAAUAUGAAAGGGCUUAUAGCUGCUAUCGUAGCAGUUUGGAGCACUGCUUUGCAACAAUACUAUGUUCAUUUUCUUCAAAAGAAAUAUUCACUUGGAUCAUUCAACCUCCUCGGACAUACUGCUCCAUUUCAGGCAGCAUCACUGUUGAUAUUAGGCCCGUUUGUUGAUUAUUGGUUGACAAACAAAAGGGUCGAUGCCUUUGACUACAAUAUAACCUCUGUUUUCUUCAUUGUCCUCUCAUGCACCAUUGCUGUAGGAACCAAUCUCAGUCAGUUCAUCUGCAUAGGACGGUUCACUGCCGUCUCUUUCCAAGUUAUUGGACACAUGAAGACAAUUCUAGUCCUAGUCUUGGGAUUCUUCUUAUUUGGAAGAGAAGGCCUCAAUUUACACGUAAUCUUCGGAAUGAUCUUAGCAGUUUUAGGAAUGAUUUGGUAUGGAAAUGCAUCAUCGAAGCCAGGUGGGAAAGAGCGACGACCUUCUUACACAUCGCCUGCCGAUAAAUCUCAAAAGCUUGCUCUGCUAGCAGAAUCUGGAGAUCACAGUGACAAAGUUUAAUCUUCAAUAUAGCUUGAGCACCACUCCUCAAUCAAUGGAUUUCCCAUUUGUGUCCCUUGUGAUUGCAGUAGAACAGGGAAGAGCUGGUGGUUUCUUUCCCGCCAUACGUUGACAAAUUCAAGAUUGGAUGAGGCACUACAGUUUUUUACUUGUUUAAAGGUCUUUAUUAAUUUCCAACCAAAAAGAGGGAUCUGCUAUAAUUUAUUGACUGCUGCAUUUCUGAUCGUGAAUUUGAUGAAUGUAUCCUAUUUAGCUACGAACAAUUUUAAGUCUGUUAGAAAUGUGUCGAAUAGAUUCUCAUUCUUUCAAA